UCAGUAAGUCAGUCUAACGAUAACUGUGGCAAGUGAAUCAUGGAAUCUUGGCUUUGGACAUGUCUUCUCGUUGCCUCCUUCACUUAUAUAAUUUUGAAGGCUUACAAACAUUUGACUUAUUUUUCAAAAUUAGAUAUACCGAGCCCUUGGGAAGUGCCUUUCAUCGGUAGCACAUUGUACUUGUUUAUUCCAAAACGUCACAUCAACGAAUGGAUAAAGUUUAUCUAUAAUAGCCAUGCUGACGCCAAGUACAUCGGAGCUCACAGUUUUUCAACUCCGUCAGUUUUCAUCAAAGAUCUAGAUCUUGUAAAAACAGUGCUGAUUAAGAAUUUCGAUCACUUUGCUGACAGAAAACAAUUCGUUGAUGAAGACGUAGACCCUCUUUUUGGGCAAAAUUUGAAUUUUUUGAACGGUGAUCGAUGGAAGGAGGUGAGAACGAUGCUCAGUCCAGCAUUUACGUCCAGCAAAAUGAAGACGAUGUUCCAGCUGAUGGACAAUUGUGCAGAAAAAUUCGUUGCACAGCUGUGCACUAAGUACACUGAUGGUAUGGAGUUGGACUUGAAAGACAUGGUUGGUCGGUACACCAAUGACGUCAUAGCAAGUUGCGCCUUUGGCAUUGAACUCGAUACCAUGAAAGAUCCAGACAACGAAUUUUAUAAACAAGCCAAAGCUGUAGCGACUUUUCAGGGCGUUGUUCUGCUCAAGCUGAUGCUCGAAGGGCUUUUCCCUCGACUGACUCGCAUGCUGGGUAUGCGAAUAAUAUCGAAAAAGUUAACGGAUUUCUUCGUCAAUAUCGUCGGCUCAUCUAUCAAACUCCGAGAGGAGCAAGGAAUUUACCGACCAGAUAUGUUGCAAUUGAUGAUGGAAGCGAGGUCCAAGUCAGAAAGUGAAGGCAAAGCAGCUAAUUAUGAUUUGCUGGAGAUGACUGCUCAAGCUUUUCUAUUUUUCUUGGCCGGCUUCGACGCCACGAGUACUCAGAUCAGUUUGAUAGCUCAUGAAUUAGCCCUCAAUCCAGAUAUUCAGCAGAAGGUCGUAUUGGAAAUAAACGAUGCUUUGUUGAAAACACCAGACGGCAAACCAACCUACGAUAUGAUCAACAAUCAAUUGCCUUAUUUCGAUGCAGUUUUCAGUGAAACUUUAAGGAGACAUCCAGUAGCUUUCCUAAAUCGAGUGUGUUCGAAGGAAUUCGAAUUGCCCCCAGCCCUGCCUGGUCGGAAGCCAUUUAAGAUCCAACCUGGUAUGGGGAUUAUGAUACCUGUAGCAGCCAUUCACAGCGAUCCAAAAUACUUCAAAGAUCCAGAAAAGUUCGAUCCAGAUCGUUUCUUCGGUAAGAAGAUCACGGCGAUCGAAGCGACGAAUUUGGGCUUUGGAAUGGGUCCAAGAAUGUGCAUCGGCAACAGAUUUGCCAUAAUAGAAAUCAAGCUUUUUUUGGUUCGUCUCUUGAACGAGUGCAGUUUAGCGGUAAGCGAUAGAACCUGCACUACUUCAGAAUAUGAAAAAAAUAUAUUUGCUCCAACGCCGAAAGGUGGAUUUUGGCUAAAACUAAAAAGCAAAAAAAAAUGAUUUACCCUUGUAUUGGUAUCUAAAAUAAUUCAAUAAAAGAUACGUGUAGAGGCUACAGUAGCCGAAGGUGAGAAAGUAAGCAAAA